UUAGUCCUCAGAAUCCUCACAAAUAAUGUUUUGUCUUCUAAAGUGUUCCUCCACUACAUGACUCGGUACCUGACCCGCUGAGUCUCUCUAACUCGGAACGAUUCCUCUACCCGCUUCUUCCCCAACUCUCAAAUUUUCCGCCGUUUGGUUGUUUUGGAUCUGAUGGGUAGCAUCAGAGAAGGGGUUGAAGUUGCAGAAGAGCGAGAGGAGGACACAGUGUAUGUUGCGGUGGGUAAGAACGCGGAGAAGAGUCAACAACUGUUGCAUUGGGCAGCUCAGAAUUUCUCAGGGAAGAAAAUUUGUGUUCUUCACGUUCACCAACCUGAGCCUGUGAAUUCGUUGACAGACGGAUACCUCUCUGGUUAUGAACCCAAAGACAAUGCAAUCAAGGCAUUCCAGGAGCAUGGAAGUCAAACAGUGCAUGAACUCCUAGACCAAUACAUUCUCACUCUGGUCCCAGCAGGAGUACAGGCCUAUAAGUUGUUGAUUGAGAGGGAUGAUAUUGAAAAGGGGAUCGUAGAAGCAAUUGCUAAACACAAUAUUAGAUGGCUUGUAAUGGGAGCAGCAGCAGACAGAUAUAACUUGGGUAAACUGGCUGAGCAAGAAUCGGAGAAAGCUAUUCUUGUAUGUGAAAAAGCAUUGCUAUCCUGUAAUAUUUGGUUCAUUUGCAAGGGCAGCCUCAUAUGUACUAGGGUAGAUAGUAAACAUACAUCUGAAAUAGAGACUGCCCCUCCAUUGUUGGUGCUCAAUUCAAAUACGGAAGCCAAACAAUCAGAAAAGUUUAAAUCAGAAUCGAUUCAUGAUGCAUUGAAAUAUUUAGAUUCUGAUGAUAUGGAAGAGAUUGAAAAUGUCAAUUCCCACUGUUCGUUAAAUUCAAAAUGGUCCUUGAAUAGUGUUGUUGACAGGACGAAGUUGACAGAUUUGCUUUUUCAUGAGGACAAAACAUUUCAAAGCUGGUGUGCUAAGGAGAUAAGUAGAAGAAAAGAAGUUGAAGAACAGUUGGCAAGGGAAAAGCUAGAAGUACAGAAAAUGAAGAAUCAACGAGAUGAAAUAACGUAUGAAUUGCAAAUGGUCCAAGACCAAAUUUCAGCCCUUAAGAGCCAAUUUUUUGAGUCCCAGUGUACGGUGACAGAGUUGGAGGAGAAGAUCAUAUCAGCUGUGGACCUCUUGAUAAGUUUCAGGGAAAAACGAGAUAAGCUAAGGAUAGAGCAUGCAAAUGCCGUUAGGAAAGUCAAAGUGAUGAGGGAAUUUGGAGAUGCUACAUUCUCUUAUGCUGUAGAAUUUCCAGCAUUUUCCUUCAUGGAGAUCAAUGAGGCAACUCACGAUUUUGACCCAUCUUGGAAGGUUGGCGAGGGAAGGUAUGGAAGUGUUUACAAGGGAUUGCUUCGCAACAUGCAUGUCGCCAUAAAAAUGUUACCCUCUUAUGGUUGUCAGAGCCAACUUGAGUUCCAACAUCAGGUAGAGGUUUUGAGUAGGGUAAGACAUCCAAACCUGUUAACACUAAUUGGAAGCUGUGCAGAGUCCAGGUCACUUGUGUAUGAGUACCUAAACAAUGGCAGCCUUGAAAGCCACCUUGCCCGCAAAGACAAGACACCACUUCCAUGGCAAAUUCGAAUAUCCAUUGCUACUGACAUAUGCUCUGCUGUAGUCUUCCUUCACUCAAGUGAACCUUGUAUUAUCCAUGGGAAUUUGAAACCUAGUAAGAUCCUCCUUGAUUCUAACUUUGUUGCCAAACUUGGUGACUUGGGCAUUGCUUCUUUAGUCCAACAAAGUGUGGAUUCAGCUGACAAAAGCACAAUAUGUAACAACCCAAAUGAAAGUUUGGCGUAUUUAGAUCCGGAGUAUCUUGUCACUGGCAAGUUCACACCAGAAUCAGAUGUGUAUUCAUUCGGAAUCAUAUUGUUACAACUUCUAACUGGAAGACCACUUUCGGGGCUAGUUAGAGAUAUGAAAUGUGCAUUGAAAAAGGAAAACCUUAAAGCAGUAUUGGACUUUUCAGCUGGUGAAUGGCCUCUUCAUCAAACCGAACAACUGGCAUAUUUAGCAUUGAGGUGUUGCAAAAAGACUUGGUUGAACCGGCCAGACCUUGUGUCCGAAAUCUGGUGUGUUCUUGAACCAUUCAGAGCUACUUGCAUCAACAUGCCACCAUGUUUGACUUCAAAGAAGCUUCAACGUGCUCCUUCGCAUUUUGUCUGCCCCAUUUUUCAGGAAGUGAUGGAAGAUCCAUACAUAGCUGCCGAUGGCUUUACAUACGAAGCAGAGGCAAUAAGAGGAUGGUUGAAAAGUGGUCACGACACUUCCCCCAUGACAAACCUCAAGCUUGAACACACAGAUUUGAUGCCUAAUUAUGCGCUACAUAAUGCAAUUCAGGAGUGGCAACAACAGUGAGCUCUUUUCAUUAUCUAUAGUACUUGCACAUGUGCGGGUGUAAAUUAUACUUUAUGUUAAUAGGAAGUUAGGGUGGAGAAGGGAGGAAAAUAUAGGGGACGGGAAAUUUUUAAUUAAACCUUCCCCUUUUGUUUGGGAGCUUUCUAAAAAUGAGGGAAUAGAAUGUAGUUUUUCAAAACCCUUAUUCAUUCUUAUGAACAGUUUAAAAUUUGAAGUUCUCAAAAUUUGAAGUUUUCUGGAGGAUUUUAAAC